UGAAGCGCAAAUUGAGACGUCAGUGCGUGGUGUGGUGGAAGUGGUGAAGGUAAAACCAGUUGCCGCACUCGAUAUAAUUUUCAAGUAUCUUGCGCAACGGUCUGUGUACACACAGGACAACCUUGAACUUCUCGAUGCCAUUCUUGAUGUGGAUGAGGCAUAUGAACAGAUGCGUCGCUACUCCGAUGAUAUGAGUCGAACACUUCUUGCGUUUCUUGUGCAAGGGCUUGAGGGUGCGAGUGGGACGUAUCAAAAGUUUAUUGAAGGCUUGUCUCGCGAAUUUGAGCACCUGCCAGUUGAGCAUUGGGAAAAAGGACUUCGUUCCCCGGCGACACAGCGUGGCGCUCUUCUUGCAGCGGAGGCGUAUGGUUUGGGUGUCUCGUUUGACUCUAUUGAGACUCUCACCGCGGUGUUCCGUGCUGCCAUUGAAGCUCUUGGAAGCGACGAUGACGAACUUCGAAGCAUUGCGGUUUCUAUGAUCCCACGCCUCAUUGCAUCGCUUGAGCAACGUGUAGUAGAAUCCCUGGAGGAAGAGGAGCAACAGGACCUUACGACCAGCAAGCGUGCUGCUGGCCGAUAUCUGUUGCAGUACUUGGAUGUGUUUCAAAACACAUUGGGGGUUACCGCGCGUGCAUUUAUUACUGAGACAGAACCGGAGUUUAAUGUUCUUGGCGAGGGUGAACCCGCGCGAAUAUUUGACGUUUUCAUGAACUUCUAUAACAGAGGCCUUGAUUAUGGCACCUCCGUGCAAAAGGUGCAGGCCGUGGAGUGCAUUCAGGACCUAUUGUCGUUUGCACCGCGAAAUGUGAGCGCGGGCUCUGCCAAUACAGUCGCUGGUCGUUGCUCAAAGGUGCUGUUUACACGAAAUGAAGGAACCGUUGUUCUUGCGCUUGUCAGACUUUGUUUGCAACUCAUGGACUAUCCUGCCAGCGGUAAGGAGAAGAUGGUGGAAGGUACCAUGGCACUUGCGAUGUUUAAUGCUUCUCUAUGCGACAAGGGUGAGGCCCGCGUGUUGGCACUUCGUGUUGUCAUUCGAUUACUGCAAAGGUCUGAAAAGUACGCCGAACUUAUUCUUGGUACAGUGGUGACCAAAAAAAAUUCUGUCGACACUGCGUUGCUUCGGGGAGUUAUGUGCCGUUUUGUCUCUGUCGUAAUACGAUACAGUCACUUCACCAAAGCAUUGAGUCACAUUACAAAAUUGAUGGACUUUGUGCUGCCCACCUGGGAAUGGGCGGAAACGCCGGCAACUGCGGCUUUUGCCGGUGUGGCCGUCGCAGCGCUAUGCAAGUCGGCAAGUACUACCGAUGGACAGCUUGCUGAGCUUCAAAAGAAGGCGCUGGUAAUGAUGUCUUCCAAAGGGAGUGCGGCCCUUGGUGGUUUUGCGUUUGCGUACUCGCUUGUCACGUGCUGCAUGGAGCGUGCAGACCCGACGUUUAUUCGUGCGGCAGCGGAUGGCGUACGAACGGCGGCGAGUGUUGGUGCUAGCGACAAGUUGACUAUCACGUGGUUGCUACGCGCCGCCGCCGCGCUGGCCAGCACCGGACUCAUACAGGCUUCUGACCUCAAGCCAGAAGCAUUUGUUCCAAUGCUGCGCCGUGUGGACGUGAACGAUGAGCUGAUGAUGAGCACUGCGCAGUAUUAUUACGAAGUGAUUGUGGAGAGGUUUCCUGAAGUGGCUGGUGCGUUGGCAGGUAUUCCGCGGGAGCAGAGCACACAGUGGGGUAUUGUUGGCCACUUUGACGCCGACCUUGACGACGAAGAGGCCGCUGACACGGUGUACUAG